UCGCAUCGUGUGACGUCCAUUGCUGCCUGAAGAAAUUUCGAGAACGUGACAACGGUAAUAUUCGUGACAAACCGUCGCAAGUUCCGUAGUUUUUCGCUGUCAUUUCUGGCGAGAGUUUCACCGUCGUCAACCAGCAGCGCCUUUUGUUGCUGUCACAGGUAAAACUGCUACGUAAAGCUACAGGUAAUUACGGUAACUUCAGCGAAACAAAUCUUAUCCCAACAAGGGUCGAUAUUCGGAGAGAAGCAGUAGACCUUGCGCAAUCAUGGUGAAAGAAACAACGUUCUACGAUGUUCUCGGUGUGAAACCUGGCUGCGCUCAGGAAGACCUAAAAAAAGCCUACAGGAAACUCGCUCUGAAAUAUCAUCCUGACAAAAAUCCAAAUGAAGGGGAGAGGUUCAAGCAAAUUUCACAAGCGUACGAAGUGUUGUCGAAUCCAGAAAAGAAGCGUAUAUAUGACCAAGGAGGAGAACAGGCAUUGAAAGAAGGAGGAAUGAGUGGUGGAGGUUUCUCUUCCCCCAUGGACAUCUUUGAUAUGUUCUUUGGGGGUGGAUUUGGCGGUGGUAGAGGAGGUCGUCGAAGAGAGCGAAAGGGCCAGGAUGUUAUUCAUCAGCUCUCUGUAUCUCUCGAAGAACUUUACAAGGGGACUGUACGGAAAUUGGCUCUACAAAAAAAUGUUAUUUGUGACAAGUGCGAAGGGAUCGGUGGUAAGAAAGGUUCGGUAGAGCAAUGCCCUACCUGCCGCGGUUCUGGGAUGCAGGUACAAAUUCAGCAACUUGCACCGGGAAUGAUCCAACAGCUUCAAUCGAUGUGCUCUGACUGCAAAGGGCAGGGAGAGCGUAUUAACCCUCGUGACAGAUGCAAGCAUUGCAAUGGACGUAAGACUGUGCGAGAUAGAAAAAUACUCGAGGUUCACGUUGACAAGGGUAUGGUGGACGGGCAGAAAAUUGUAUUCACUGGAGAAGGUGAUCAGGAGCCUGAGCUAGAACCAGGCGAUAUUGUUAUUCUCCUUGAUGAGAAGGAGCACGAGGUUUUCAAACGAACGGGUAACGAUUUGAUCAUGAGGAUGCAGUUGGAGCUGGUUGAGGCACUGUGCGGUUUUCAAAAAGUAAUUCGCACUCUCGAUGACCGUGAUUUGGUCGUGACAUGCAUCCCGGGUGAAGUGACAAAGCAUGGCGACGUCAAAUGCGUUUUAAACGAGGGAAUGCCGGUUUACAAGGAUCCCUUCACGAGGGGUCGGCUCAUCAUUCAAUUCGUCGUUAACUUCCCGAAGAUUAUAGACCCUGUAAUGAUUCCAGCCCUUGAGCAAUGCUUACCUCCUAGAGAAGAAGUUAUGAUUCCCGACGGCGCCGAAGAAUGUAUGCUGACGGACUUGGACCCCGAGCAAGAAUCGAGACGGCGAAACACGCGGCAAGUUUACGAGGAGGACGAGGGUGGACCGUCUCGCGUUCAGUGCGCCACUCACUAACCGAAUAUUAAUGUUAAGAGCUCUAUUUCUAUUUUAUUCUCUACCUCGUUUAUACACCUUGCGCACCUUAACUACACCUCAAGAAUUCGGUAAUAACGUGGGGGGCGAUAAUUUUUUUUUUCGUAUGAACGUGAUCAUCCGGCAGUGUGCUGCCAAGCGGUUUUGCUGAUGAAACCAUAAAAAUGGUAUGGCGUGAGGCGCCGUGGUGGCGUUUAGCGUAUUUGACUAAAUUUAAACCUGAGGUUUAGUUACUUGCAAUUACUUGGCUAUUACGUUACGAAAUUUAUUUAUUCUCAAUUUACAGUGGCGAAAGUUAAGUAGUUCGUUUUCUUUUUUUUUUCUUAUUUUUGUCUCUUAAUUCUCAGGUAAAUUCCAAUUGACGCGUCAUGCCAUCUUUGCUGACUUGAGAGAUUCCUCGGAAUUGAUCUGAUACAACAAAUAAGAGUUGAAACUAUUUCACAAAAAUGUAAGUGUUUUCAUAACAUUACCUUUCCGCGAUUAUAGAUAUUUCAAAUUCUUUUUCACCUUGCGAUCAAACCCGUUUCCACGAUGAUAUAUUUCUAGUUUUGCUGAUUUGCAAAAUAUACGUAGAAAUAAUUUAUUUAACGCUGCUAAACUAAACUUAUGUAUACGGCAUAUUGGCGUUUAUAAAUUGUGCAUUAAGCAAAUGUGACAGGAAAAAUUGGAACCAUUGAGCAAUAUUCAAAUACCAGUCGAUGGAGUAAAUAAAUGUACACCGACAGACUCUGUCAGCUUCUAGUAAGAACGUGCCAAUGUUCCCCUACGCAGGUAGAUAUAGUAGCUAUAUAGCGAAACUGAUUCAUUUUGAAUCAAGGCUUUCUAGAUUGUGAUUGUAAGACCAUUUGUUGAAAAUUUCACAAUGACUGAAGCUAUUCCUUUCUCGUUCCUUUAAAUUAUCACUACAUGUCUCGUCGCAGGUAAUAACUUGGUUAAAAAAUUAUCUCAUUUUCGUUACUUUCGCUAGCGAUAGGUGAUAGUGAUUGUCUCUGGUGAUUGUCAUACUUUGAUUAGAAAAUAACAAUAAUGAUAAUAAUUAUAAAUGAAUCAUAGGCAAAUUAAUCAAUGGGUUACCAUAUGGUGCUCGUUAUUGUUUCACUGAUCUGUGGUAAGGAUCCGUAAAAUUGAAUAGGAGCGUGACACGUAAUACUAAAUGAAUGUCUCCAUAAUUGUUUUACGAUUGAAUUACAUAAAUGGUAUACCUUGAGUGUAUUGCAACUGUGA